AAUGUCUCCAGCUUGAGGGAGUGGUUUAAUGUCUCCAGUGUGAGGGAGUGGUUUAAUGUCUCCAGCGUGAGGGAGUAGUUUACUAACCUGGUCAAUGGAUCUAUGACACAAUGUCUAGCGCCCCUCACCUCACAUCCUUCAUUGAAAGGACGACACAAGCUAAAGGUAAAUGUCUUUGAUGUGUGUUGAAAGAGGAAAACGAGGCAAAGGUACCAGACAAACAAGAGCCGAGACAGAGCACUUAUAUAAACACACACACACACAAACAAGAGCCGAGGCAGAGCACUUAUAUAAACUUACCUGAACACACACAAAAAACUUUAUGGAGUCUAAUGCAAAAAGAAAAAUGAUAUAUUUCAAAGUGUUUUUAACAGUCCUCGGAUGUUAUUUCUUGAUUGAAUCUACUGAAAGUGCACAGAUCAAUACGUAUGUGGGUCAAGAUGGAAGAUCAUAUUAUUAUUCGGCCGUUGCAUGUGAAAGCACUUCUCUGGUGUCCUACUACCUACAGAACAUCAGGAAGUCAUACACAAGUCGAGACGAGAAACAAUGCUGUUACCUGAAUGUAACAAGAAAUAGUUGUUGUCUUUCUGCAAGUGGUGAUUGUAGAUGUGGUCCAUCUGUAACAUGUGGUGUGCCAACAACUACAUCAACAACAACAACAACUACGACCUCCACAACCUCAACUACUCAGACAACAACACCAACGGCUUCGACAACCACAACAACUGCUACUACAGCGAAACCUCAAGAAUCUCUAUGUUCUCUACAACAACGUAUUCUCAACGGGGCUCCCUUGGACAAUGGCUGUACAUACAAGGGUCUAGCGAAUAUAACAUUGGGCAACUUUACAGCCUGUCAUGCUGUACUCACGAUGGCAACAGUUAAUGGGACUUUCAAAACAACAUUCUUAACCACUGUAUCCUGUCAGAGUAUAAUCACUGCUGGUAAUCAAUUCGACUUGCAAAUUGGAGAACUCAAACUUCCUUUGACUUCUGCUGUUUUUAACAUCAUUAAUGACACCAGUGACGCGGUAUUUCUGGAGCUCAAUGAAAGAUUCAAAUCUCUCUUGACUCUUCUCAAACCUUGUCAGUCUCCAGCGUGUCCAUAUGAUGUGGUCAAUAUGUUAGGCAAAGUCAAUCUCACAGACUGUAAGCUUGUCAGUUAUGGAGUCACUAAUGCUACUACCUUCAAAUCAAAUGGACUCAAUGAGGUUUCUGUUUCCAUGGUACCAAACGGAUGUAAAACUGUUCCCAGUACAUCAAACGGCAAUAAAUCAUUAUGUUUUAAAUCAACUAGUGGAUCAGGAGUAUUGUGCUACGGUGAUGCCGGCGCCCCUGUGUAUUGCCGGGCUCCUUUUAAUAGUGAAUGGAUUCUAGUUGGUGUGGCCCAAGCAGUUUCCUCGUGUGGCUCCAGUGAGUUCCGUGUACUACACUACCCAGGAUAACUAAUACAUUGUAGACAGAUUGAGUUUUGUUCUUGAAAACUGUAUGGCUUUGUUACAUCUA